CUCCCGCCGCCACUACGAUGAGCUGCACCGCGCUCCUGGGAGUCCGGGGGCCGCGGCUCCUGGGGGCAGCGGCUCGCCAGCCCCGCUGGAGCAGGCGGCGUAGUGCCGGUUGCGAGCCUCCCGCAGGCGCCGCGGUGCGCAUCGGCUGCGCUUCGGGGUUCUGGGGGGACACGGCGGCCGCAGUGCCGCAGUUGCUGUACGGAGGGAAGCUGGAUUUCCUCGUCUUCGAUUAUCUCUCCGAGAUCACCAUGUCGUUGCUGACGGCUGCCAAAGCCCGGUCUCCCGCUUUGGGUUACACUCCAGAUUUUGUCUCCACUGCCAUGGCUCCCUAUAUAAAAGAUAUUCACAGGAAAGGUGUUCGUGUCAUCAGUAAUGCUGGUGGAAUUAAUCCACUUGCUUGUGCAGCUGCUCUUCAGGAGGUGGCGAAGAAAGCAGAUGUUGAUUUGAAAAUAGCUGUUGUUGCUGGAGAUGACCUAAUGAGUGAGAAAGAGAAUCUAAAAGGAGCUGGUAUCACUGAUAUAGAGAGUGGCAAACAAUUUCCAGAGAGCAUCCACAGCAUGAAUGUAUAUCUUGGUGCAAGACCGAUAAGCAGGGCUCUUGACCUCGGAGCUGAUAUUGUUGUGACAGGUCGAUGUGUUGACAGUGGGAUUGUAUUAGGCCCACUCAUUCAUUCUUUUGGCUGGAAUAGGGAUGAAUUUGACUUGCUAGCUGCAGGAAGCCUUGCAGGUCAUCUCAUUGAAUGUGGUGCUCAGUGUACAGGUGGAAUAUUCACUGACUGGCAUGCAGUACCAGACUGGCACAACAUAGGCUUUCCCAUUGUAGAAUGUUCCUCUGAAGGAGACCUUAUUCUUUCCAAAGCACCAGAUACAGGGGGGCUAAUCUCUUUUGGCACUGUAGCAGAACAGUUGGUGUAUGAAUUGGGCAAUCCUCAGUGCUAUCUUUUACCAGAUGUCACAUGUGACUUUUCUAAUGUUUCCAUCACUGAAAUUCCAGGUUUUGAUGGUGGGGCAGUGAAAGUUCAUGGAGCAAAAGGAUUGCCUCCUUCAAAGUUUUAUAAGGUAAAUGCCACUUACCUUGAUGGUUUCAGAGCUACUGCUGUCUGUCCAGUGGGAGGUCCAAGGGCAGUACUAAAAGGAAAACGCACUGCGGAAAGUAUUCUGCAAAGGACUCGUCUCAUUUUCAGUCAGCUUGGGUAUGAAGAUUACAGUGCAGUUAACAUACAGGUUUUAGGGUCUGAAGAUACAUAUGGACCUCAUGCUAGAAGGAGUAUAGAUGGUCAGAGUCCUCGGGAAGCUGUUAUUUGGCUUGCUGUGCACCAUAAACAGAAAGAAGCUGUAGAAAUCUUCUCCAGAGAGAUAGCAGCAGCUGGAACUGGCAUGGCACCUGGCCUCACUGCAGUUGUUGGGGGGCGCCCCAGAGUGUCUCCAGUUUUGAGGCCGUUUUUCUUCUAUUAUCCAAAAAGCAAUGUUCAGAUCAACCUGUUUUUAAAUGGGCAGCACGUCGAGAGAUUUGAGGAGGAUCUCACAUUUACAGCAGAUAAAGUUGUUUCGUGUGAUCCACCUAAGAUAAGCAGUGAAUUGAAAGAUCUCCCAAGUGGUCCACAUACUUACCGCUUAGAAGACCUUGCCUAUACUAGAAGUGGAGACAAAGGCAACUCUGCAAACAUAGGUGUGAUAGCACGGCAUCCCCUCUACUACCCAUACCUGAAGAAAACUUUGACCGCUGAAGCCCUGCAGAAUUACUUCCAACAUCUUUUAGAGCAAGGAACACCUGAAGAAGAACUAGUAACAAGAUAUGAGCUGCCAGGAAUCCAUGGAUUAAAUUUCGUUCUGAAGAAUGCCCUUGGUGGUGGUGGCGUAGCAUCGCUAAGAAGUGACCCACAGGGCAAAGCAUUUGGACAGAUGCUGUUGGACUUCCAGAUUAAAAAUGUUCCUGAUUUAAAAUCACUGAUAGAGUAACAGGUGUUUAUUAUAUGUGCUUUUAACAGUGAGUGGUAGAAAAACAUGUUAUAAACAAGAGCUGGUUUCUUGAGUGAGAGGUUUUUUAAAGUCAAAGAGAAGAAAUUACUGACAAUUAUCUUGCAGAGUCUUAGCUGUAUGGCACAGAUUAGCAAAUGUUUUGAGUAAUAUCAGUCUAAUAGCUUUGUCUGUGACUGAUAACACUUCCUGUCUAGAUAGUACGUUGGAUGAAGAAUUAAUUAAUUUCCUGUACAGUAGAAUUACUCAAAUUGCAACAUAACAUUUAAUUAUGAGACAAAAUAAUCUUUGUUUCAAAAUGGAAAUCCCCUCCUGCUUAGUCCACCUUUCUUUUUCUUCUGUCAGUCUUUAUUUGAAAAACAAAUGGACCAAUAUUGUUGAGCUCCUUUGGCUGUGUUUGUGAGACUGAGUAACCUGCUGUGCAUUGCUAUGAAGUUAGCACUGCCUGAUACUGGGGAACAGCUUUCACCAUUGGGCAAUAAAGUAAUAAUUGUUACUGUUAUAGAGUGACGAGUAGUAAAUGCUGACCUUUGGUGGUGAUCCAUUAAACUUCCAGCACUUUGUCCAAUUAAUGACAGACUUUAUUAUUACAGUUUCCCACAUCUCUUAUUAAUUAAUCCAUUGCUGAAAGCACUAGUAGUAAGUUGCAGAUAUUGGCAUGGGAGUAAAGGAGAGUGCUGUGAUCUAGCCUGCCUGUUCACUUUCUUGUGAUAGUGCAAUCCUGUUAGCGUGGGUGGGGGCUGGGUGGUGGAAGAAUACCUUGUUUUGUUUCAGGGCUGUACGUCCUCAUUUUGUGCGGCAGAGUCCUGCAUUAUCCCUGCCACAGAAAGAUCUGUCUCCUGCUGUGAACAAAUACCAUGGUGAAUGCUCUGUGCUCCCUUUCUCUUCUGACUCCCAGUUAUCAUCUCUCCAUCUCCCUUCCUGCAGAAUAUGACUAACAUCUUUAAAUUAGGAUGCUCCUAAACUGCACCUGAUAAAGCAGAGACUUAAAAAAUCUGAGUUGUAUUUACUGGGACAAUAUUGAGGUGGAAAUCACAGGCUAAUAAUUGUCAGUAUUUCCUCUGCAGAAGCUGUAUAAAUAUUAAACUGCAUGCUCAGGCAUUUUAUAUUCAGAAAUUAAUAUCUGUCUUUAUUUUGGUCAGUCUGGUAAUUGUUUAGUGCUGACAAAAUGAGACAUUAUUAACAUCAAUUUAUGAAAAGAAGUAUUCUUCAAUUGUCACCAGAAGCAUCUCUUAGUCAUGCCUAAAUCUCAAUCUGUGCUACCAUUAUUACUGGUUUCCUAGCCUCUUGUUUGCUAAUGAGAACUAUACAAGGAAGUAUUCCCAUCUUUUCUGUGGUUUUGUUAAUUUGAAGUGAAGGUAUCAUAAGUGAAUGUUAGAUCCAUCUAAGCUUACUAUUCUCUUAGCAAGUCAUAAAGACUGUCUGUGUAUACAGUACAGAUCAAUCUAGUUGUAAAAAAUGAGCCAUCACUGCACAAAAAUAGACAGUUUAAUAACUUUGAAGAGAAAUCAUCUUACUGGUUUUAUGAUGUUUACAGUCUUAGUUAGAAAACCAUUGUUAAUAAUUUGGAAGCCUGUUAGUUUAACAAAAGAAAAGCAUUCAGAAGAAAUAAUGUGGUAGACCUCAGCAGCAGACCUACAGGGAUAAAAACACUACAGUAAAUAUUUGCAAUUCACUCAAUAUGCUGCCUAAGUGACUCUGUAAAUGCAUAUGCAAUAAUGUUUGAAUAAAAGUGAACAUUUAUAAAGAGUAAA